CGCGACGUCGCGCCGGGCAACGUGCUCUCCGGCAGCGACGGCGCCGUGCGCCUCUGCGACUUCGGCGUGGCCGCGUGUCUCGAGACGCCGCGCGACCGGCGCCGGACGAUCUGCGGCACGCCCGGCUACGUCGCUCCGGAGGUGAAAACGCCCGGCGCGACCGGCUACGCGCCCUGCGCCGCGGACCUCUGGAGCUUCGGC